UUGAAUUUCUAUCGAGUCUCUGAGUCACACAUACUGAAAAAGGCUUUCUUCUCUCACCAUGAUUCACAGCCUGUUCUUGAUCAACUCCUCUGGGGAUAUUUUUCUAGAGAAGCACUGGAAAAGUGUGGUUAGUCGUUCCGUUUGUGAUUACUUUUUUGAGGCCCAGGAGAGAGCUACUGAGGCAGAAAACGUGCCUCCUGUGAUUCCUACUCCUCAUCACUAUCUCCUAAGUGUUUAUCGCCACAAGAUCUUUUUUGUGGCUGUGAUCCAGACAGAGGUGCCACCCCUUUUUGUAAUUGAGUUCCUUCAUCGUGUGGUAGACACAUUCCAGGAUUAUUUUGGAGUUUGCUCAGAGCUAGUUAUCAAAGACAAUGUUGUUGUGGUUUAUGAAGUACUUGAGGAGAUGCUAGACAAUGGGUUUCCAUUGGCUACUGAGUCAAACAUCUUGAAAGAACUGAUAAAGCCUCCAACUAUCCUUCGAACUGUUGUUAACACUAUCACAGGAAGCACAAAUGUGGGUGAUCAGCUUCCCACCGGGCAAUUAUCAGUGGUACCAUGGCGACGGACUGGAGUGAAAUAUACUAAUAACGAAGCAUAUUUUGAUGUGAUUGAGGAAAUUGAUGCCAUCAUUGAUAAAUCAGGUUCUACAAUUACUGCUGAGAUCCAAGGAGUCAUUGAUGCUUGUGUCAAGCUGACUGGGAUGCCAGACCUCACACUGUCUUUCAUGAAUCCUAGGUUGUUGGAUGAUGUCAGCUUUCAUCCGUGUGUUCGUUUCAAGCGCUGGGAAUCUGAGCGUAUCCUUUCCUUCAUCCCCCCUGAUGGAAACUUCCGCUUGCUCUCCUAUCAUGUCAGUGCUCAAAACUUGGUUGCAAUUCCAGUGUAUGUCAAACAUAACAUCAGUUUCCGAGAUAGUAGCUCACUAGGACGCUUUGAAAUUACAGUGGGGCCCAAGCAGACUAUGGGAAAAACUAUCGAGGGAGUGAUUGUCACCAGCCAAAUGCCCAAAGGGGUUCUGAAUAUGAGCCUUACUCCAUCUCAGGGCACCCACACUUUUGACCCAGUUACCAAGUUGCUCUCUUGGGAUGUAGGAAAAAUAAAUCCCCAAAAGCUGCCAAGUUUGAAGGGGACUAUGAGCCUUCAAGCUGGGGCUUCCAAACCUGAUGAGAACCCUACUAUCAACCUGCAAUUUAAAAUCCAGCAGCUGGCCAUCUCUGGAUUGAAAGUGAACCGUCUAGAUAUGUACGGAGAAAAGUAUAAGCCAUUCAAGGGCAUAAAAUACAUGACCAAAGCUGGGAAGUUUCAAGUCCGAACCUGAAAAGAGAAUACCAGAUUGAGGGAAGAGCCACAAAUACUUUUUCUAUUUUGUCUUACCCAGAAGUAAAGAACCAGCCUGUCUUCUGCACAUCAAUUUCUUCUUGGGCCAACAUUCUCCCUUUUUUCUGUGUUGAAUCUACUGAGCCUUUAGUCUCACUGAACAAAUCAAGGGAGAGGGGGAGUCACCAGGAGAACUGGACAUAUCUGAAGUUGAGUCAGUGAUAAUUUCAUUCUCAAAGAGGAAAUGAAACAUGGCAGAUUUGUUUGACUUUGUAUUUAACUCUUUUUAAUCUGUUUCCUGAAGAAGGCUGGCAUAUGUUGCUUGCCUGACCUUUCUUUCUAGAGCUAGGAAAAUAGUCCUUUCUAAAAGAUAGUGAUAAGAAAGUUCGAUCAUUUGAAUAAUGGUGAAUAUUAGCCAAGGAAGGUACAACUGUGGACCUGUGGGAGGGAAUAAGAAAUCCCUGGAGGACAGUUUUGUGUAAGGCAGGUUAUGUGUAGGAGGAUGAAUGAUAUGGAAAGUAAUUAAGGUCCCCACUCAGAGGAGGGUAGAAAGUGUUGAGUCGGUUGAUUUCUUAUAUAUAGAUUUCUCUACUUGUAAAAUAUUCACUAAAUUUAGACUGGGAUGAUACACUGGGAAUUCUCAAAAUUGUUUCAAACCCCUCACUAAAAUGCUAAAACCUAGUAGAAAAAAGUUGUUUUUGCAGACCUAUAAUCCUGUACAAAUUACUCUAAUGAGAUCCUGGCCAUUAUUUUUAAUCUUAAUAUUCAGAGGAGGUAAGAUCUUCCAUCGUUGGUAGAAAAGGGGAAGAGGAUGUUUGAGCCUCUCUCGUAGGAGAGUGGCUAGACAAGCUAUACAAUUCUCAUUCCUCCUUGCCUAACCCCAAAUAAUUAAACACACUACACUUUCACUAACUUCCUUCCUGGUAUCUGAUUCUCCUCUAGCUUUCACAAGGUGAAGAGGUUGGGGAAGGUUGGUUCCACCUAUCCUAGCCUAUUUUGUUCAGGGAUGUCUCAGCAUUGGGAAAUGAAAGGUCUGUUUGGGGCAUAGGUUAUACGGCUAGAUUCCAUGGGGAAAAGCAAUUCAAGUUCCAUUCUCAAGGAGGUCAGAACUGGUCACCUGGACCAUGAAGAAUAUGCUGAGGUUGCCUAAUAGUUACCUAGUCUUUGUUCUCAGUCACUGGGUGACUAAGUGGCUUGCAAUUUUCAUAAUUGUCCAAGGGUAUAUAUUCUAUUGAUUUAGAUAUUAAAAAGCCAUGAGCAUUCAUUUUUAGCUUAAAUGAAGGUGCUAUUCCCUGUUUCCUGGCAGGAGUGGGUAGAAAGAAAUGAAAGAAAUCUAUUUCCUGAUCCUAUUUUUGCUGAUACUUACGUGAAUUUUCAGUUUCAUAACUCUUUACUUUUCAGGACUUGUUUUCGCUAAUGAAUUGUAUGUAACUUUGUAUUGCACUGUAUUUUUCCUCUGGGACAAACUGUGCUGUGAAUAGAGAAAUGUAUUUCUUUCCCAACUUCCCUGGGCAUUCCACUUUGUGUUUUAGGUACUGUGCAAACAGCAGCCGAGUCUUUCUUCAGAAUCUGACUUGGGCUGAAAACCUGCUGUGGAAUCAUGUGAGUUUUGGAGUCCCCUUUUUUAGGAACUCUGUAGCACUUUGAAUCACCUCUUCCCAGGUCCCUAAAUGACUUCUAGGCUUCCUGGGAUGACAGUGUAACCAGUGCAUCAUUUUUCGUACUGUGAUAUAUUCCUGUUGUUACUGCAUAUGUGUGAGUUUAUAAGUCUAAAAUUCCAGAGGCUGUUCACAUUCCUCUUGAGCAACUCAUGCGAAUUGCAGGCAAAACACCUAAGAGAAAGGGGAGCAUCCUCCUGAGUGCAAGGCUAAACAGGUAAAGUGACAACUGUAUCAUCAUCUAUGACCUGUGUCAUGGAUCUCUGGUGCAUGGUGGUCCAUCAUUCCGACCAACAGCUCUGUAUAUCAUUGGAAUAAAUGAUGCAGGGUUGUCUCAGAGGAGCUAUUCAGACUCCAUGGUUUAGCACCUACAGAAGUAGAUGCUCACCCAAGCCUCAAUAAAGGUUAGUUUUGCCAGAA